AUGGCGGCUGCUCCAAUUGGUUCCUAUAAGGAUGAAAUGCCGGUAGAACUCUCGCCCCUCCCUCCGAGUCAGGGCAUGGAGGCUUUGAAGGACAUAGCUUUUGGAUCGAUUGCGGGCAUUGCUGGCAAAUACAUCGAGUACCCGUUCGAUACGGUGAAGGUGCGACUUCAAUCACAGCCCGAUGUCUCUCCGCCCCGGUACAGUGGUCCCCUGGAUUGCUUUCGGCAGUCCAUCCAGGCUGAGGGGGUGAGGGGUCUUUAUCGCGGUAUCAGCGCCCCGCUCGCCGGUGCUGCGAUCGAGAACAGCAGUCUGUUCUUCAGCUACCGCAUCACACAAGAGUUGUUGCAGUUGACGGUGUACUCUCCAACGGAACCAUUGCCGUUCUCUGGUCUGUUGGUCAGCGGCGCGACAUCUGGCGCGUUCACUUCUCUCCUACUCACUCCCAUAGAGCUGGUCAAAUGCAAGAUGCAAGUUCCGAGCUCCACAGCUGGGAAAAAGCCCGGUCCUCUAAGUAUUAUCGGGUCUGUCUUGCGUAACCAGGGGAUCCUUGGUCUUUGGCGUGGACAGAUGGGUACUCUGAUUCGGGAGACCGGGGGCUCUGCGGCCUGGUUUGGGAGUUACGAAGGAGUGUCUGCUCUCUUCAGGAGGCGUCGUUCAUCAGGGCUGCCGGAAUCCACGAGCACAUCGGAGCCGGCCCCCCUCCCUCUCUACCAGCAGAUGCUAGCUGGGGCAGCUGCCGGAAUCAGUUACAACUUUAUCUUCUAUCCUGCCGAUACCAUCAAAUCCCGGAUGCAGACGGAAGAUCUUUUGCAUACCGGGCGACGGUCUUUCUGGAGCGUUGGUCAGACACUGUGGCAGCAGCAAGGUCUGAAGGGGAUGUAUCGAGGGUGUGGUAUCACCGUGGCACGCUCUGCUCCCAGCUCCGCUUUCAUUUUUUCGAUUUACGAAGGAUUACGAUAUUAUCUUGGAUAG